AUGUCAGGAAACUACGGACAGGACUUUAACUACACCCGGCAAGAAGACUACAAAGUCGACUGGGCACUGCUCUCGACAUUCAGCGUCUUCACCGGGCUGCUAAACGCCUUCUCUAUCGGACUGAACAUCGUGUUGGUGACUACGUUUGUGCGGUGUAAGGUCCUGCACCGCGCCAAUAACGUGUUUAUCGGUCACCUCGCGGUGAGUGACUGUCUGGUGGCCCUGUCCAGAGGCCCGGCUGAUGUCGUAGUCUAUGCGCUCGGUGGGCGGUACGACAGGAUGGUCGUGUGCGAAUGGUUCUCGUUCUUCUCGACUCUCUUCACCAGUGUGUCGAUCUGCACCAUGGGAAUGAUCGCCUACCAGCGCUACAACAGCAUCGUGCGACCCAAGGACAACUGCCUCAACAGCAUCAAGCGCGCCUUCAUCGCCAUCCCAGGGAUAUGGGUCUUCGGGCUGCUGUGCGCCAUCCCUCCUCUGGCAGCGUGGAACAUGGCGAUCUUUUCCGUUGACGAGUACAGCCUGCCGGUGUGCUCGGUCACGACUGUCCCGCGGGGGUUCGCGUACGCCGUUUACGUGGCGAUCGUCGCGCUCUUCGUGCCGUUCGUCGCCAUGCUGGUGUUCUACUUCCUGAUCUACUGGGCCGUGCUCAUGCACGGGAAGAAGCUGGAUAAGAACAUCAAGAUGGGGAAGAAGAAGAAGAACAAGUACGCCCGUGUGGAGGGAAAGACGUGCGUCUUAAUGUGUAUGGUGGUGAUCACCUUCUCUCUAACGUGGCUAACGUCUGGUGUUCUAACCUUCUCCGCGUCUUUGGUAGAGACACACCGGACAGAGUUCCUGCUGUCCACCUGCCUGUUGAGCGCCCUGGCGACGGUCUGCGACCCUCUGGUCUACGUGUUCCAGAACCAGCUCUUCCGGCUGUGCGUGAAGAACAUCGUCCUGUUCAAGGGCCCCGUUAACGAUAAAGCGUAUCUUAGGAUAGAGACUGCAGCGAAUAAAACAGUCGCGGGUCCUUUUACUACCACCACGAACACGUCCAACCGCAGGCGACGCUACCCUCCGGGAGAACACCCCAUCACGAAAGGUCUCCCACCGGCGUUUACCGUGGAGGAGCCGACGGAACUGAAGGAUGAGACCGACGGUAAGGCCGCGGGGUUAGCGAGGGCGGACUCGUGGGGCAGGAAGGGGUCGCUGCCGCCGGUGGACCCGGUGAAGGAGCCCGAACUGUUCGCGGAGAUACAGAGACGCAGGUGGAGCACGCGGCGCCUGUCUGUCGUUAUCUUGGGUGAACGAAUAGACGAGGACGACCCCACCAGUUUCGACAGCAGCUGCGACAGUUUCCGGAACGACCGUAACGGGCACCGGGCCCUGCACCGCAUCUCCGAGACCUCCAACAGCGGCGUCGAAGUGCCAACCGCUCCGGCCACCGACAAGCCAACCCGGAGCCGCCGGGGACCGAGGAAGCCGCACCGCUUCUCCGUGGGUGUGCCGUACUUUCACCGGCACGCGGGCGGGAGGCUGAACAACGCCGAACAGAGGCCGCCGGGGUACAUCAGCGACUUCGCCCGGAGAUGCAGCGUCGGGCGUCGACCGUCUUACGAAGUCAGCAUCGAGCUCAACGUCACGCCGUUCGACUUGAAGACCAAAGAGAAGCAGAUGACGCCGAACGAAGAUUCAAACUGA